AGAAUCUAGCUCUGAGCUCGGCACGCGCGGUUACGUUGCGCUCAUUACGUGUGCAAUUAACACUAGGUAAUCCGGGAACCAAACCUGAGAUACUCGUUCUGUUGUAAUUUUUUCGAAUAGAUAUGCGACUAGUGCAUGACUUGAAGCUAUUGAAAUAUAUUACUUAGGCGCCAUAAACUUAUUUUUAGUUUUUUAAUUCAUCAGUUUGUAAUGUAAAUAAAUUUAGGUCAAUUUAAUAGCAUCUCUUGGACUGAGCAGCUUAUUAUGUGAUUAACACUACUCGGAAAACACACAUCGCUCUGUGAAGUGUUGUUUUGCCAUGACUCACUACUCCAAACUAUUAUAAUCUUUAAAUUGCAAAUUACGCCGCAUAAGUAACGCGAUGUAAUUUCAGAAAACUUAAUUAAAUAAACGAAAAAGUUUAGAAUUAAGUUUAGUUUAGAAGUUAUUGAAUAAUUGAAAAAAAUGCAACAUAUUACGUCCCUCAAUAGACAUUUUAAUUUUAGUUAAGCGGCUGAUUGGUUUUAACAUUGUAUUUGCUCCGUCGAUGCGAAAUUAACGAAUUCUCGUUAACUUUAUUUAAUGCUAUCUGUUUCGGUUAAACAAGUUCAUAGUCUACCUACGUUACAGGCGGAAAUGUGUAUUUGAAGCAAAAUGUGUUCUAGUGAGUGAAAAAUUACGAAACAUUUUCGUUUGAAAGUGGAUUACGUUCAAUGUCUUACAAAACGUCCUUAAUCAGUCAGUCGGCUCCAAAUAUUCGCGGUUACAGUCUAUUACCUGGCUGGAAAACUUUACACCUGAUUUUACGAUCCAGGGAAACAGUGAAGUGUCCUGAAUUUGGAGUAUUAUUUCCGUCGAGUUCGUUUUGAAGCUUGGAAUAAAAUGAUAUAAGCCAUGAAAAAUAUCGACGACGACCAUGACUGAAAAGGGUGACACUAAUAGAAUGUUGGGGCCACCGCCAAGGUUGGGGCUGAAGGCGGCAAGCCCCGGCGUGGCAGGCGCCGACGAGGAUUGUAACAGCAACACCAGUCUCGCUGGAAGCCAGCACUCGGCUCACGAUGACCUCGACGCGCACUGCGACAAUUCUGGUUAUCUUUGGUUCCUUGACUACAAUCCAAUUUUCCGAGACGGCUCCUGCCACCACACCUCAGUGUUGUCCUCCGUGUCGGCUUCGUACAAAGGCAUAAGUGACCUCGCCGCACGCUUCGAGUUCACGUCUCGAUAUAACGACAUCGCGAGAGAUCUAGACGCAAAUCUCGCGGAGGCCGACAUGGAAAGCUUCAGAACCGAAGACAUACAUGCACUGCUGAUGACCGCCAACUUGCCACACGACACCAUCAACGACGACAGAACGCAUGAUAGUAACCCCCGAGGCGAGAUGUUCGCGAGCAUCUCUAGCUCUCUCAUGGAAAGGUUUCGGUUCGACAGCAGUAUCAGUAUCGGCAGUAGUUUGCAGGGUGAAGAAUCUGUCGGUUCAAUCAACACGAUGUCGAUAUGCAAGUCAGAACUGCUCUUUUCGCCUGUGAAGGAGGGCGGAAUACACGGCGUCCAUUUCAGCGUCGACAGUCUGGAUUGUGAGCUGCCUACUGAGCAGGAUCUUAUUCUUACCUGCCAGGCUAAUAAGGACAACUACACUAUCGCCUUUGAGGGUAGUCUUACCACUUAUUCUGAGGACAGUGAGUGCGUAGAACCGGCCGUCAAUCAAAUCAAUGACAAAUUGGAUAAGGAAGAACAAACAGUUUCGUUAGAGAGUGAUGAGAGAACGCGUAGGAAUUUAGAAUUAUUAGAAAGAUGUAAGAAAAUUACAAAUAAACUAAGUACAUCAAUGGCCAGAAGUGACUUAGGAUUAACGACGUGGAGUAAGCUUAAGAAGCAGACAGUCCAAUCCCCUCUAAGAAGGCAUCCAUCCGGAAAUAACAAUGGAGAUUCAAAUGAAACAACUGAUGCCACAAACGACAUGAACAACUCAGUCAUAAAAAGCCAAAGCCUGCCAAAUCUUUAUAGGAGAAAAUUGAUGAAUAGUUCAGUUAUCUCAGUAGCUCUCAGUAACUCAACGGUCGAUUCAUUUACUGCCAAUGAACGUUUAACCGGUACGCCGGUUUGUAUGAAAGUAUACGAUGUGUCGCAACAACGUUUAUCUCAUGGUAGCCAACAUUCGGAGCCAAUGAGCACAUCAUCUACAGAAAAUCAUACUUCGUCAGAUAAAAGCCAACCCAAACAAUCAUUUAGCUUGGUAAAAUUAUUUAUGAAACAAAAAAGUGAGAGCAAUGAUGGCAUUGUCAGUUUGGAUCAAAUGGAAAGAUCUGAAUGUUGGCCAUCCAGUUCCGGUGGAGAAAGUGGAGAUUCAGUAGGAGAACAAAAACACACAGAUUCCGAAUCUGUAAAUACUGGAAGACCUCCCUUAGAAAUACCAAGCAGUAAUACUGAUGAGGCCUUUUCGGCAGUAUAUGAAGAAAUACCAUCUACUAACCCUACGCUCUUCCACGUACAAAAUUUAAAUAAUAGAAUGUAUGAUGAAGUUUUGAUCGAAGAAGAAGAAACAGCAGAUGGAGCUAAGUUAAGCGACAGUGAAAGUAAUCUUUAUGCUACUGUCAACAAAACACAUAUUAAAAGAACGCACGCAAAUAUUAUGAAUAGUCCGUCAAAGUUCAGAAGCAGCAGAAAGUCUUGUUCUUCUCAAUCAUCAGCCACUAGUGUUAGUAUUUCAAGUUGUUCCGAAUCUGAUGGAACUCAGAUCACGAGGAUGAAUAGAAUAUUACAAAGAGAGUGUUGUGAUCACAAAGCCACAUCGACUCAUAUUGAAACUGAUACUAUAGAUAAAAGCAUGCAAACGUCAAGCAUGCAACUUUCGAGCUCACGUUAUGAACGUGAGUUCUUUAAAGUCGUGGAGCCUUCAUUCUUGCAGAAGCUUAAAGAAGGAGACUGUGAGAAGCCAGUAUUUAUUUUGUACCCCAGUUACACGCUCCCCGAUAUAAGCUUCUUAAACGGAAGACCGAACAUUUAUCUAAAUCCAAUGAAAGUGAACGUUUCGCCGAAAUCAAGUCAAAUUAAAAGAAACAGAGUCCAAGUUAAAAGUAAAAGGCCUUUCUCGUGCAAUGAUGUCGAAAUAUUGAAAAAGAAAGGUCUCGGUCACAUCAAAGACUGGGACUCGUUAAACUUUUUACUUCCAAUGGAAUGUAAGCAAAUGCUAUCAGAAGUUCCAGAACUAAUGCAACACGUGAAAGAAAAAGAUGGAAAAUUCUGUAAUGUAACGCCAUCUUCGAAAUCUAAAAAUCGACCCGUCAGUUGUGAUUGCAAUAAUUUGGCUGGCAACACUACAGCUGUUUCUUCAAGUUCUAGCACUGCUACGCAACCGUCUUCCGGCUACCGGGGUUCAUCGACCAUGUUAACAGACUCUUCAGCACAAAACAGCCCCGCUCCCGCAAACUUCAAUCCGUUAUUCGUAUAUCGAUACGACAGCGCAACAAGCUCUGAAGCGAGCGGUAACAGCGAGGGACAAAGAGUUAAUCCUGCUGCGCCGAGACGUUCUCUGUCAUUAGUAGAUCAAAUCCGCCCACCAAAGCAAGGCGAAAUAGUGCCUCCGAGGCCACCCUUACCAAAAAGCAUAUUACGCAAAUCCAUGGACAAAACUCGUAAAUCAAGCACACAAACCAAACGAUACAGCAUGUUUGAAAUGGACGAUUUUAUGCAAGAUCCGAUUGCGUGCGCGACCGCAGUAACGGAACACAAGACCAAGAGAAGAUCCCUUCAAGAACCGUACUAUUUGCAAAAUCAAAAUAUUGAUUACAGAAAAAAUAACGAUUUAGCAGCCAAGAGAUUAUCUCAACAGUUUCUGGACGCUGCGGAAAAGGAUGCUGAUUACAAUGAGUACUACCCGGACGAGGGCGUUGGAACCGAAAGUAGCUUAGAGUCUGGGAAAUCUAACGAAAUUAAAUUACACCGACCUCACACUCCUCCAAUGCCAAAACCACGAACUAAACGAAUGGAAUACACAGAGUUCCCCCCUCCAGGCGCAUUAAUCAGCAGCGCCGAUCUACAACAGCUCGAAGAAUUUUUAAAGCAAAGUGGUUUAACCUGUCAGAACAUGGACGAGUGGGAUCAAAAUCAAGUGCAGAAGGUAAGAAAUCAGGUUAGCAAAUUCCUUCAAAUGAAACGUUCCCAAGAGGAGAAUCAGAGGUCCACAGAAUCGAGUGGUAGUAGUUGCAAUAGUAAGAAAUCUGUAAGUUUUGCGCAGAAGUCUGAUGCUCAAGUCGAGAGUCUACAGACUCAAGCGAAGACUGUAGAAGAAAUCAAAGGAGAUGCUUUAAUUACUCCGCCAAAUUCCCCAAAUAUAUCAGCGGUGUUGGCUCAGAGGCAUUACCAGGCCAAAAAUUUAGCAGAAAUACCAAUAUGCGAAGAGGUCGAAGUUAGUCCAGAUGAAUUUGGCAGCCCUAUUCAUUUUGAAGGGAGACCCAAAUACGAUUUGAUUGAUGUAUCACAAAAGAGAGCUUUAGUAUCGAAUGUGACUGAUGCCGUAGAGAUGCUAAUUCAGCACUUUUCCUCGGCGACCGAUCAAGCUGAGCUGGCAUUCUUGGGAGAUUCGAAACAAUCCCCAGCCUGCGCUAAAAUAGCUCUUAACGCAUUAUGUCCAGCUUUGUACGCAGUAUUCAGAGACGGCCUCAAAGAGAACAUAGAGACAUCUUUCGGUGCCGUCAAUAAUUCGGUUUGGCAAAUGGUCGAGUCUACUGCUCGACAAGGUCCAAUAACAAAGUCUUUGAACGAAUUGGUGUUGAGGAUCAACAGCGAAGAUGCUGUUACAGAAGGAUUGGUCAAAUUUAAUGCAUUCAUACUGGGUUUGCUCAACGCGCAGACUGUGGACGCGUGGGUAUCGUACGUUCGAACGCGGGAGUCAAUUCUCGCGAAGCACUACGGGCCGGAUUCACUGGUCCUCGCAGGGUGCGUCGGGGAGCCUCGCUGCCGAGCCCUCCUGGACACGUUACUGGCGAGCCUCGAGCCGCUCAAACUACUGCCCUUCUCCUUAGAUCUCAUGUUUGAAAUGAGGGAACUCCAUCGAAGCUUCAAAAGAAUCGAAAACGAAAUGCGCGCCGCCAGCAGGCCCACUUCGAUUAACCCGCCACUAACACUGAACCAACGGAACUUGCUGAAGUUGGUGCGCUCGAUGCAGUCGAGCGGCGUCUCCAGCGACGACUGUCAGACCAGCGUAAUCAUGAGACACAGGGAGCCGAAGAACAAAGAGCCAUCGACUCCCGACUUGCUAAACGAUUCAGCGAACGUAAAGACCGCCAUUGAAAAGAACAGGCCGCGGUCCUGCGUCAACCCGACCGCUAUAGGUCACGACAUGUGCCCGAAUAACAGCAGAAUAGAAAUGGAGACGAACCGCCGCUGGUCCGGUGUCCACUUGGGCUCGAAACUGAUGCAGGCCUUCGACAGACUAGUGUUCGACGACAGCGACGACUACACAGAUAGCUUAGAGACUAACAAACCGUGUCCCAGAGCCCCCGCCGGUGAAGCGAAGUUGGACUUCAGCGGUGAGGAACAAUGGAGGCCCGGCUCGGCGAGCAGCGGAGGAAGCGGAAACGCGCCCACCGGCAAGUUCCGCCGCCUUCAACUCAAAUGGGAGAUGCUUAGUAAUGCUGAGAGCCCAGUCACGCCUUCCGGAGAGACUUCCCCUGCCGCGGCCCGAGGCUCGAAGAUCCCGCGUCCGGUGUCGUCGCCCGUGCGGCCUCAGGCCCCCCCACUGCAAUCUCCCGCCAAGAACACGCAUCGGGGCAUCCCGGUACCAGUACGAAAAGGUACCUCACCGACCACUGCGACCACACAACGUCCCGCCAGCUCACGCACGAAUACGACCAACAAAAAACCGUCACAAACCGUCAACAGAAUUAUACCGCACACGAAGAGACCCAAUGCGAUGACAGAUGGAACGAAAGACGUUAAAAACGUGACAAACUCUAAGAGAUCGCCAACGUCUCGCGUGGACGGCGCGUGGCCGGGCGGCGCCGCCCCGCGCCCCGCGUCCCUCCCGUACGGCCGCCCCGCCCCGCCCCCCGCACCCCGCCGCGCCGCCUCCUCCUCCGCCACGCGCCCGAGCGCCAACACCUCACACCACAAGAACAAGUCACGGCGCGCUGUCUCCACCUCUGCAACUAGAACUCGUGGUGGCACAGCCCUAAAGGUGGACAAAUACGUGAGGACGUUAUGGCAUCGGUUGCCAUCUGACUCCGGUCACCUAGCUUUCAACGAGGGCGAACGUCUCCGGCUAGUCUUGGAGGUAGACGACCAGUACUUACUCUGCUGCAGGGGUGAUCAAAAGGGUCUGGUACCCAGGGAUGCUGUGCUCUUAGAGGAUUUCUGAUAUUGGCCUCCUGAUCACGAAUGGGAGCCAUGCUGGCGACCGUUACGCAUGAACUUCAAUGCGAGAAAGUAAUUUAGCGUGAAGUGUGUUGCGUUUUGACGCUCAAUACUUAUGGUCGGUUGGUUCUGAGUGAUAAUGUGCAAUAGUUCAUGAAUGUGAUAUGGAAAUGGAACUUUAUUACGUUGUGUUUAGGUCGAAGUAACGCGUCCAGUGCGAAUAGUGGGUGAACUCAGAGAAUGUUCAAAGACUGUAAAUAUUUAAUACCUUAAUGUCACAUUUAAUUCGUUCGAUUUUUGUCUACUCUAUUAUUGUGUAAUUUAUUUAAUUUUGUUGUUUCCUUGUCUCUCGAUAUCGAACAUAAUCUCAACAUCACUUAAGCGAAGUCUCGUGUUUAUGAAUUGUAGUAAAGUCUAGUCUUACGAUAAGGUUCGACAAACCCUUAACUAACUGUAUAUAAAUAUAUAGGAUACAAAAGUUGCAGAUACAUUCACGGGCGAUGUUGAAAGCGUUCCCAACUGGCGGUUCGGAAUCAUUAGCAGGUAAUUGUUUGUCUCGAUAAUAUGUGAUAUAGAAUACGUACUAUAUACGUGUUGUUAUAGCGACAAAAUCUCAUAUAACGAAUAAAUAUUAGUGUAUUUAAAUUAGUGAAUCAUUAUGGCCGUCGAGAGAAAGACAUUUAAUAAUAAAAUGUAUUCGAUGUUUGAUAUGUUAAAUCGAUGUCUAAUCAUAAACGAUAAUGUUAAAAUAAUUGAAUAUUGUAAAAUAUAUUAAUGUGUAAACAAAUUACUUCAUAGUUGAAAAUGUUUAGGGAAAAUAUAAAUAUGAUAUUGUGCUAUUAUUUGCAAUUAACCGUUGCAACAAACAAUAUUUAGUUUCAAACGAAUCAGAUAUAUUCGAUACGAUCAUCAUGUAGUUAUCCACGGAUCGUAUUAACGUCUGUACUUGUUAACUGCAUGCAGCCAAUCCAAGCUGCCUUCCUCAAAAAUCUGGUAAAGGCGAAAAACAGGGAUUUGUGAACUAUUUAAUAUUUCUUCUUUACUAAUGGCAUGGCCUCCACCUAUGUACCUUUCCUGAUGCUUACCACAAAAUCCAAGGACAAAACGGUGUUGGGCUUAACAUUCUAUUAUACCUAACUGCAUGCACCCAUCCAACACACCAUCCUCCUUCUCAUCACUGUACGUUUCAGAACGACAAAUGAAUACUUAUUCGUAUCUUAGUCGAUCUGCCGCCGCACAUCCAUUAAACAGAUUUUUAUCUGAAACUAAGUCUGGUUUUAUUGUGAUAUAAUAGCCAUAUCAUAGCUUCCGGGAAGCGAAGAUAAAAUGAUAUUUUUGGUAUUUAUCGUAUUGCAUUGCUCAAAUCGUUUACGCAAAGCUGUAUCGUAUGGUAUUAUAUUGAAAGCUUAAUGAAUUUUAAUACUCAUUCAUUAUCCAUUUAUCUAUGUAAAUUUUUGUAUUUAUAUUUACAAUUAAAUUAAACGUUUUAGAUAUCGAUGAUGUAAUGAAGCACGAAACAGUUCCUCUCGUAGUUGGACGUGCUCGUCGAGUAUUAUAAUCGAAAUGUAACCGUAUCUUAUUAGUAUUGCUUUCUCAAAGCGGCCCUUUUUUUACUUGCCAACUGCGUUCUACCAACAAAGAAUGAAAGAGGCUCCACGACUCGAUAAAUCUCAAUAAAAUUAAUUUGGACGUAAGUUGACACAAAUUAGAACCGUAACUAUCAAAAAUAAUACAAUAAAUUAGUAUUAGCGACUGGAUUCGUAGUUAAAAUUUAGCUUAAUUCUCUGGAUGAGAAACCUUAAUGACAUUUGUAUAAAACAAUAAUCGUAUUCAUUAUCAUUAAAUCGCUUUGUGACUGAAUGAUGUGAUGUGGCCUUUGUAUGUAUUAAAAUUAUGAAACAUUAUAAUGUGUGUGCUUGUUGCAUUAGUCAAAGUAAUCAUUAUGUCGUCUAAAUAAACUAGUAAUAUAGUCGAUGCUUCCACAAAUUUAUUUAUGAUAGCCGUUAAAGUAUUAAAAUGCCUUAAUCAACCAUUUGUGUAAAAUAUCGAAUGGAUACGCAGCUUUGCGAUCGCUAGACAGUUGACACAUUGUCGCUUCUGCAAAAUAGCUCUCGCCAAUAUGUACUUGGCAGUAACCUUAAGCGAGGUCGAUAGUAGUAGUAAGUUUUUAUCGACAGUUUAUAUUAUUGAAUCAUGUUGAACAGGUUUUUAUAUAAUGACAUCCUGCGCGUUCUUAAGUUUGUUAGAUGUGGUGAGCCAGUUGUCCUUAUAGGUACAAAAGGUUGUUAAUUUUAUCGAUUUUCUUUCGUACGUAAGAUUUUUUUUAUUUAUAUUUUAAAGAUUGGGAUCAAUGAGUUGAAUUUGAGUUUAAAACUUUAUUUUCUUAAAACAAUAAACGUAAAUAUAAUGAAAAAAAGAGGCUUUCGUCAUGACACGAAACGCAACGAACGACUGAGAAUGAAAUUCCGAAUAUUUAAAUUUAAGUUUAUUUCGAAAAAUCAAAAUAUUAAUAAUGAUUUAUAUGUAUUGUAUGUAUUUAUUUCGCUUAGACAUUUUUAUUGUCAAAUAUGUAUGUAUUGUUAUAUUUUAUUUAUGUUAAGUGCCAUAAUUUAAUGAAUUAACAAUCGAUAAAAUAUUGUAAUGCAUAACCAUGUACACCAAUUGAAAUAUAUUAUAUCAAAA